AGUAGUAUAUUUCAAGCGAUGAAGACUCGAGCAAUGGGUCAACAACAACGGUGGUUCUGCGAUUUCGAAAAUAUUUUCUAAAUUUUAUUUGAUUCGAUUGUUUUUUUUUUUAAACUAAUUUAUUUCUUUUCGACUUUCAAUAUUUUAAGCUGAUUAAUUUUGUUUUUAAUUUUGAAAAAGAUUUUAACCUGAAAACGGUGUUAGAAGUUUGAAAUUCUCUAUUUUCAUUUUUGAAAUAAGGGAAGACCUUAAAGUUUCACUUCGGAAUGCGAGCAAUAAAGUGAUAUAAUUAUAUUUUUAUUUUAGCAGAUAAAUAAUCGGUAUUAAUAUUUUCGUGUUCGAGUAUAUCUGUGUCGUGACGCUUUGAGAGUCUUUGUACAUAUAUACAAAAUAUACACGACACGUCGACAGACUUUUGAAGACAUUUUGCAAAAUUCUAUUUUUAACUACGGCGCGGCGUGCUAUUGCGAGAGAACAAAAACGUUAAAACAGGUCUAGAUAGAAUUUUUGUUGCUCGAUUGUCUACUGAAACAACAUGGAACCUGGUCAAGAGUCAUCAGAUUCAGCUGUUGUUCGACGUCGUCGAAGGGUAGCUAGGCCAACAAGGGAACAAACUCCAGAACCAGGGUUGGCGGCGGCGAGGCGAAAUUAUUCCGAUGAGAGUAGCAGUAAUUUCGAUCAGCAGGCAGUGCAAACGGUUCGAAUGCAAAUUCGACCUCCUGGCACUAUGUCAGCUCACGAGAGCAAGAUUCUGAGAAGACGCGAUAAGACUUUCGCUAGUGCAGCCGCACGAAGUCACUCCCAGCCUCGCCAGGCUGAGAGGCUAUCGUCGCCGGAGGCUUUUGAUCUAAUCAGAACGGUAGAAAAGAGAAGCCUUUCUUCACCAAGACACAAGGAAGAAUCCAGUGAAGGAGAACGGUAUGCCACAAGUCCCGAAAUCGUUGAUAACUAUCCUGGUUCACCAAGUCGUUUGCCUCCAGGACGUCAGGCCCCAAAGGAGGAUGAGAAUCUUAGCCGUUUAGAGCUGAAUUUAAGGAGGUUUGAAGAUGAACGCAGGAGAUUCGAAAUGGAGAAGAGAAUUUUCGAGAAGGAGAAGCGUGAGCAUAAAGUUCGUUACAAGCAGUAUUUAGACAAUGAAGAACGGAAGAGACUUAUGGAAAACUAUCGGAAGAUGAGCGACCGAAUGCACGUUCCCAAUGACCCUGAAGAGCGCCGUAGAGUCGUUCAGAGUUUGAGACUCUCUCGAAAUGAGGCUGCGGUUAGACAAAAGCAAGUGAGGCCAUCGAGGUAUGAGUCCUCGACACCAGUAUCGUCAUCAGAAUCAGAAGCUGUACAGGCUGAAGAUCAUCGCAAAAACCAUAGGUCACCGCCUCCGCCUUCCCAGCCUUCUCAAAAAUACCGUCCCAAAGAGACCUCUCCGCCAAGUGUAACUCCCCAAGCCCCACCAGUUCCAGUCCGUCGCAGUGUAAGUCGCAAUAACUCACUGUCUCCGAUUCGUCCAGCACGAAGAUCAAAAACUCCCGACACUAGCAAUAAUGCAUCUCGAAAGUCUUCAAUUGAAGAGCUCCCUACUGUUACUACCGUCAGCACGGAUAAUAUCGAACGAAAGAGAAGCUUUAGAAACUCCAGCUAUGAAAAUGAACUUCAACAGCGAGCUCUUGAAGAAAUUUAUCGUAAUGCAACUUCUGAAGAAACCAAAACACAAAGUCUUGGCCGCAAGAAAUCAUUAAGAAACUCUGAAAAGAGAAAUGGUUAUGUAGAAGAUGAUGAAGACCCCCAGACAAAUGGAUCACGAAAGUCUUCAAUUGAACGUGAGUUAGAAAGAAAACGAAACACCAUAGAAGAAAACUUGGAAAAGGCUCGAAAACUCUCUCUAGAAAAGGCUGAAGCUUUGCAACUUGCCAGAAAACGCAGCCUCGAGAAAGCUGAAUCCUUACAAAUUUUACGAAAACGUAGUCUUGAGGCUGCCGCUCAACCGAAAGAUCAAGCUAUACUUAAUGAAAAGCCUGAUGUAAAAUUGGUUAAACAGCCCUCGCUGAUUUCAAGAUUCAUUGCUUACAUGAAACGACCAAAAACAGCGUCCACCAAAGACGAAACCCGUGCACCGGCAGAAAAACUUUUAACAAAAGUCUUCUUUCGCGAAAUGUCUCGUGAGUUUCGUUUCGAAUGGCUCAAACUCAAGGCCGAUUAUCCUCGCGAACUUGAUGCAAUGUGCCGCGAGCGUAACAAAUGUCUGGUGAAUUUUAUAAUUCUUGUUUUGCUGUGUGGCUUUGGAGGCUUAAUGUUUCGUUACACGGAAGGAUCUUUGGAAAAUAUCUACAAAUGUGAGGUGCGAAAGGUCAAGCGGGAUUUUAUUGACCACUUAUGGACUGUAAGUCAUAAUAUGAGAGAAGAUGAUUGGAAAUCAGCCGCUCGAACGAAGUUAAGAAAAUUCGAAGAGGAAUUACAUGCCAUGCAAGAACUUGGAAUUCGUCGAUUUCCAGGAAUGAAAUCGUGGAAUUUUGUCAAUUGCGUCUUGUAUUGCUGGACCGUGAUAACGACAAUAGGUUAUGGCCACAUAACACCUCAAACUGUACUCGGUCGAUCGUUGACAGUCAUCUACGCCAUCAUAGGAAUUCCAAUGUUCCUGAUAUUGUUGGCAGAUUUCGGUAAACUCUUUACUCGAGCAAUUAAAUUCGUGUGGGCCUAUGUAAGGCGCAUCUACUACACCGGAACGUGUCGAAAAGUUCGAAAACAACAGCAAGUCAUGGACGUCAUUAGCGGAUUUAACACAAUGUACGACUAUGCUGUCCGACGACCAAGUCAAUACUUUGGCAACCCCAAUGACGAGGAAUCAGCACACCCAGACGCUCCAUCAGAGCAUCCACCAAUAUCUAAUCAACUCUACCCAAACCCCCAAACUCCAGGCUCACAUGUGCCAUCCCAUUUGGAAACACCAUCUACUCCGUAUCCUGAAACCUUUGAGGUCAACGAUGAAUUCAAUUUACCCAUCUCACUGGCCAGUGUCAUACUCGUCUCAUACAUCCUCGUGGGAGCAUUUGUGUACACGAUGUGGGAGGAAUGGACAUACUUCGAAGCUUUCUACUUCGUUUUCGUGUCCAUGUCAACGAUUGGAUUUGGUGACUUCGUUCCGAAUCAUCCGAUUUUCAUGAUGUGCAGCAUUAUUUACCUGAUUUUCGGUCUGGCGCUAACUUCUAUGUUCAUCAAUGUGGUGCAAAUUAAAUUGAGCAAUACUUUUAAGGAUGCAAGUGCGAAGAUUGGUGCAACAAUUGGUCUAACAAUGGCCGAAGGAAGUGAGUCGAUUGUCCCAACGCCAUCGGAUAUAGCUUCUGUUCAUAUACCAAAGUUGGGAACAAUUGGUGAAGCCAUGAGUGAGGAGUUAUCGCCGAGUGAUGUUAUAAACUUGCCACCGCCGACAUUUGAGCCUGGUCCACCUCCACUUCUACCCAAGAAGGGAACAUUAGCCCCUGAACCUGAAGAGAAGCCGCCAAAGAAGAAAAAGGGUUUCUUUAAGAAAUAAAACCAGAAUCCAGCCGUCAUUUAAGAACAUUUUACAACUAGUCAGUUUUCUUUUUAGGAAUUUUUAUAUGCGAGUGCCUUUUUUUUAAAUUUUGUGUUUACAGCUUUAAGCUUAAAGAGAAAUAUUUUUACAAGUUUUUAACUAAUGAAAAAAAAUUAAAAAGUAAAUUUAAGUAAAAAUAAUAAUUUUGAGAGUUUUAAAGACCUGAAGAAGAUUAAAUAAUUAAGUGUUUCAAAGUUUUGAGGAAAACCUAGCGAUAUGUCAUGGCAAUCAUGAUACAGAUGAAUUAAUUAAUUCUUUUUAUUGUGAUUGCCACAGAAGAUCGCUACGGUUUUGCUGAAGACAUUUUAAGAUAGAAAUUUAGAUUCAAUGUCUUAAAUAUUUAAUAAGUAAAAUACGUAGGCCUUAUACAUUAAUUUUAAUUUAACAAUUUUAUAUUAAAAACGAUCAUAUUAUUAAAUUAAUUGAAUACAUUAAUAAUUUAUAAUACGAAUCUAUACUUAUUUUUUUAAAACUUCUGUUUCUACACAAGUGCUGGAGAUUAUUUUUAUCAAUUUUAACUGAUCACAUUUAGAUUAUUGUUUAAAAUAUCAAAUUAAACUUAAAUAACAUUUCAGCUCAAUAUAUUAUAGAAACAUGAUUUUAAUUAUACAGAACUUUCGGAUUAGAUAUCACUUUGAAUCUGAACCAAGUUAUUCUUUAGUUUGAAGACUUAUAAUAACUUUUUGAUUUUUAGUAAAUAAAAAUGGUAUUUGAGUGUUUCUUUUUUAUUGUAAAAAUACAUUUAAAUAGUUUGAACAAAUUUUUAUAAAUUAAGUAAAAACUUGAAUAUUAAAACAUUUCAUCCAUCAAUUGUCAAAAAUUUCAAUUCAAAGAAUUUCUACGACACAGGUGUCAAAAAAGCUCGUGGAAAAUGGUAUUCUUUUAAAAGUAAAAGUUUAUAAAAAUAUAAAAUUAUGAGUUAUGAUUUUUAAAUCAAUUUUAUUUAAUGGAAAUAAACAAAACAUAUUAAUUUAAGAAGUAAAUACAUUUAAACGUUUUUUUGCCUCAGAGAGAACUUUGCUAAAAAAAAAAUAUUUUAUGAAAUAAAUGUGUUAUAAGACAAAAUUUAAAUAUAAUAUUAAAUGAAAAAAAUAUUUAAUAAAAGUUAUUCAGUGUAAGGUAAACAAUUAA